AUGCAUGUAUUCACUCUCUCAUUAUUGCUUGCCGCGUCAGCAUCCUUUGGCGCGACACAAGAUGCAACAAUCACUGCCCCAGCAUCCCUCAUCAUGCGACGAAGCAGCGCGGGCUGUGAAGACCCAACGGUCGUCGACCACUGCGUAACCGCAAUGAAGGCGUACCUCGCCAAAUGCUCCGAUAGCGACUGGGACUGCAAGUGCUCAGGCGCUGCAAACAUCGCCAACUGCUACGUAAACUGCGAAGGAAACUCCGACGCCACAUCCGCCCGCUCGCUCAGUGCCGGAAACUGCGCAACGGCAAACGCAUACGACAAGGGCGUCACUGACGUCCCGCCGGUCCAGGUCACUCCCAGCAACAAUGCUGCGGAGCUGGCCGCUUCUACGGGCGUCCCGAAGGGCUCAUCGCCUGGAGAGCAACUGGCAUCGGGGGUGAACCCGACACACGCAACCACGACGGCGGAUGCUAAGGAGUCGGCGAAACCGUCCAAGGGUGCGGCUGGGAAGGUUACGGUCGGUGGCAGUUGGUUGGCGGCGAUUGGUCUGGGAUUGGGAACUUUGGUCUAG